CAGUGUUUGCUUCAUAAGUGCAAAGUGCAGAGACAGAAGCAUCGUUACUAAACAAUGGCAUUUCAUUCUUAUGGUCAUAGUUUUUCUUUCUCCAUUUUGUUUUGCAUGUUUGCCAUGGUUACUUCUCAGCUAACUUCAAGUUGCUAUGAAUCAACGUGUCCCCAAGCCCUCUCCAUCAUCAGAUCCUCAGUUAUCACUGCAGUUGCCAAAGAGCAUCGCAUGGGAGCCUCAUUGCUCCGUCUUCAUUUCCAUGACUGUUUCGUCAAUGGAUGUGACGCUUCUGUUCUGUUAGAUGACACUUCAAGCUUUACUGGAGAAAAAUCAGCUGGUGCAAAUGUGAAUUCUUUGAGAGGUUUUGAAGUAAUUGAUGACAUCAAAACUAAAGUGGAGGCUGUUUGUCCCGGAGUUGUUUCUUGUGCAGAUAUUGUAGCUGUUGCUGCUCGUGAUUCUGUUGUUGCAUUGGGAGGUCCAUCAUGGAAUGUUGGGUUAGGCAGAAGAGAUUCAACCACGGCAAGUAAAGAUGCUGCCACUAAGGAUAUUCCAUCCCCACUUAUGGAUCUUAGUGCCCUUAUAUCUGCUUUUGCAAACAAGGGAUUUAACACCAAGGAAAUGGUAGCACUGUCAGGAGCUCAUACAACAGGGCUAGCCAGGUGUCAGCUAUUUAGAGGCAGGGUUUAUAAUGAAACAAGCAUUGAGUCAAACUUUGCAACAUCACUCAAGUCAAACUGUCCAAGCACUGGUGGAGACACCAACCUUUCCCCACUAGAUGUCACCACAAGUGUUCUAUUUGACAAUGCUUAUUUCAAGAAUCUCAUCAACCAAAAGGGGCUUCUGCAUUCUGAUCAACAGUUGUUUAGUGGUGGUUCUACAGAUUCUCAGGUCACUGCCUAUAGCAAUGACCCUUCAGCUUUCUAUGCAGACUUUGCUAGUGCCAUGGUCAAAAUGGGAAAUCUUAGCCCCUUAACAGGGAAAAGUGGCCAAAUUCGUACUAACUGCCACAAGGUUAAUUAAAAGUUACCAAUAAAAUAAGAUGAGCAAAAGAAAAAAACAAUGCUCAUGCAGUCACAAUAUAUGUGAUCUUUCAUGUAUUAUUGUAUUUCCUUGUGUAUGUUUGGAGAUAAUACUCUAAGAAUUUAAGUGUAAGGCGUUGUGAUUAGAAGCUUCAGUCCUCUCAAAAUAGAGGGGAAUAAAGGAAAGUGGUGUAUUGAAAUUC